CUCGGCCGACAAAACUUUACCACAUCUCGGAGGGCAUCUUUAACUGAACCGUUUCCCAACUCCAUCCUCGAGACCUCUCGGCCGAAGCUGCUCCCCCGAAACAAAGAGAUCUUGUCCCAAUAGAUACCGCGAAGCAUGUUUAGAGCCUCCCAGCUUCCCUCCCUCUCUUGUCCAGCCGCCUUCUUGUCCAACCUAAGGCUCCCAAUCCUCUCCUCCCUCGAUUUCUCUUCCUUUAAAUCCCCGCCCUCCUUUUCCUUCUCCAAAUUCCCACCUCUCCCGAGACUGAGAGCACCCGUCGCAUCCCCAUUCCCUUCUCCUUUCUCCAGGAGGCCCCCAUCCAUGGUGGGUAACCCGAGGCUUCGAGGCAAAGCUUCAUUUAGUGCUGGAAGUACUGGACGAGAGAAUAAAGAGUUAUUGGUUCAGCAUUUGCUUGUUGGUGAAGACAACCUUAAGCUGCUGCUGGAUCUCCAACAGCGGCUUUCAGGAGGAGAUGAUCUAAGUGAUUUGGCUGUGGAGUACUCAAUAUGCCCAUCCAAAGAGAUUGGUGGGAUGCUUGGGUGGGUUCGAAGAGGGCAAACGGUGCCAGAAUUUGAGGAAGCUGUAUUUAAUGCUCCUUUAAAUAAAGUUGUGCGUUGCAAGACUAAAUUUGGCUGGCACCUCUUGCAAGUGCUUUCUGAGAGGGAAGAAUCUAUACUACAGGAUAUUGAGCCAGAAGAACUUCAUUCAAAAAUGCAAGAUCCAAGUUUCAUUGAGGGAGCUCAGUUGAUAGAUGUCCGAGAACCUGAAGAAGUAGCUCAAGCUUCUUUGCCAGGUUUUAAAAUACUUCCUCUCCAACAGUUUGGAACAUGGGGAUCUGUAAUAACAGAUGAGUUUGAUCCUCAAAAGGACACCUACGUUUUGUGUCACCAUGGUGUACGGUCGUUGCAAGUAGCCAAAUGGUUGCAGACUCAGGGAUUUAAGAGGGUGUUCAAUGUCUCGGGAGGGAUUCAUGCAUAUGCACUCAAGGCCGAUCCUUCCAUCCCAACAUAUUAAGCAUUAUCACCAUUUGUCACCCGUUGGAAGAAUUUGUUUGAAUAUGAGUUAUAUUGUAAAGUUGAUUGUGGCAACUGGCUUUAUUUUGGCAGUAGUUAGUUAGAGAAUUGUGAGCUUGCAAAUAAAUGACCAGAGAAAUGCAGGGGGAUGUUGCUGAGAAUUUGCAGUUUUCUUGUGAAAUAUGACCUUCAAAAUACUUCUCAAGAAACAAAAUUCUUGUUUUUCUUAAUGAAAUGAAGGAAACAAAAUAGGUUCGUGAAAA